AUGCCUGGGAAGGAUGGAGAGAGCGAAUCGAUCGCAGACAAGUACUUUGUCUGCACAGAAUGCCUGGUGGAAGGAAACGUGCAGAGCUUCGUAGAUCUCUUCUACCUUACUCACUCUCAAGACGCCGCCAAGGAGCAGUCGCAGCAGCAGCAGCAGCAGCAGAGCCAACAGCAGGCAUUGAAUGAAGAAAGCACAACGAGUUUCGCCACGUAUGAUGUCUUGCAGUUCCUCAAGAACAAGCUGACGGAGGCGGAGGUGGCACAGCGGGAGGGAGGAUACGACAUCGUCUUCGAGUCGUUCAUGGAGACAGCUAGGCACUUCAAGAGCAAGUCGGACCACAAGAGGGUUAUCUACUUCCUCACAAAGUGCCUUGAGGUCGCCAGGCUGUCACAGGAUGUUGCGAGGGAGGCAGAGGCGAACGAGAUGCUGGGGCUGACCAAGGAGGAGAUGGGGCAGCUCAAGGAGGCGAUACAGUACCACGAGGCGCACAGGGACCUUGUCUCUUCCUACGGGAGGGAGAUGACCGACCAGGCAGGGCACAACCUGAUCCGAGCAUACCGGCGGCUGGCGGAGGAGCUGCAGAAGCAGGGGGAUGUCGAAGGUUCCAUCAUGUACUUCCAGAAGAGCCUCAAGUCUGCCAUAGACAUCAACGACCAGGAGGAGGAGGGGAAGUCGUACCGGCUGCUGGGAUCGGCGUACCUGCUGCUGCAGGAUUACGAGCUGUCGGCGUCCAACUUCCACAAGUUCCUGAGCAUCUGCCAGGAGACGCAGGACAGAGUGUCGGAGGGGCUCGCAUGCUCGCACCUGGCGACCGCGUACGAGGCGAAGGGGGACAGAGCGUCGUCGAUCAAGUUCCUGGAGGAGUAUUACGAGAUUGCACUGUCGACCGGGGAGCUGAACUCGCAGCGAGAGGCUUGCGGAAGGUUGGGGAUUAUCUUCAAUGCGGCCGCAGACUUCAAUCGGUCGGUGGAGUAUUUCACGAAAGCGUUUGAAAUCUCGCGCUCCCUUGGGGAUAAAAAGGCCAUCGACGUUGAUAGAGUCAACCUGGGCAUAGCACGAGGAUGCGCGAAGCAGAAAGACUACAUCAGGGUUGUCAACUCAGAGUUCACCUCCCUUAUGAGCUGGAAAAGUCGCCGGAUCCCCUUCGAGCGAGAGUGA